AUGCUCUACUACAGUGGCUUUACUCGUAGAUUAGGAGAUGUCGACGAAGGCUCUACAGUGACCGACUUCUUGCCCGCUGAGCGUGCCAGAGGAAUUACCAUUCAAUCAGCGGCAGUCACCUUUUCCUGGCCACCAGCUGCCGCCUCGGCUACUGAUUUUUCCUCCAACAAGCUCGUUCUGCCUCGCUCUACCCAAAGCCACAACAUCAACCUAAUUGACACUCCUGGUCACGCCGACUUCACUUUUGAAGUUCUUCGCUCCUUACGUAUCCUGGAUGGUGCUGUCUGUAUUCUCGAUGGAGUUGCUGGUGUCGAAGCGCAAACCGAGAAAGUCUGGACUCAAGCGACGCAGUAUCAGAUUCCAAAGAUUCUGUUUGUCAACAAGCUUGAUCGUGAGGGAGCUGCUUUUGCGAGGACCAUCUCUGAAAUCGGCACACGUCUGCGUGUCUGGCCGGCGCUAUGUCAGAUUCCGUGGUGGCGACCUGGUGACCUCAAGCUUCAAGGUGUAGGUGAUGCUGUUGGUCUCCGUGCACUGCUGUACGAAGAAGGCGGCGAUGGCAAGACUGUCAAAGUGCAUAGUCUCCAAGGCUUGGAAGCGGAUAACUCUGCCUUUGCGGAAGAGAUCAAGAAGGCCAGAACAGCACUAGUUGAGAUGCUGAGUGAACAUGACGACGAGAUGGUCGAGAAGUUCCUGGAGUAUGACGAAGAUCAUCUGGCCAUUCCAUCUGUCGAUAUCACAGAGAGUCUGAGAAGAUGCACUCUGCAGCAACCACAAAAGCUCGUGCCUGUGUUCUCAGGUGCAAGUUUCCGCAAUGUCGGUGUCCAGCCACUAUUGGACGCGGUCGUAGAUCUCUUGCCUUCUCCACAGGAGCGACCUGAUCCCGAAGCCAGUGUUGGCCCUUCUAAGUACGGACUGAACGAUCUUCUCUCAGGCAAGGCCUCAUUACCUGCAACCAUCGAAGCCAAGAAGCAGCAAAAGACCAAAGCACUUGCAGCGAGCAAGAACAUGUCCAUCAUCAAGAGUCUUGAAGCGUGUGCUCUGGCUUUCAAGGUGGUUACUGAUCCCCGUCGAGGUGUUCUUGUUUACGUUCGCGUGUACUCGGGAUCCAUCACGAAGAACGCUCCUCUUUUCAAUACGAAUCUUGGUAUUACCGAAAGAGCGCCUCGCUUACUAAGAAUGUAUGCCGAUGAGGCCGUCGAGAUUUCAUCUAUCGAGGCUGGUCAGAUCGGUGUCAUCCCUGGUUUAAAGUCCACGCGGACAGGUGAUACACUGAUUUUGUACAGUGGAGUCAAUCCAAAGGUCGGCCCUCCUUCCCCUAUCAAUACUCUCCAACUGAGACCAAUUACUGUCCCUCCACCUGUCUUCUUCACCAGCGUAGAGCCGAACAGUUUGGCAGAAGAGAAGCACAUCUCUGAGACGUUAUCACUUUUGCUUCGCGAGGACCCUAGCUUGAAUGUCAGAGAAGACCCCGAGAGUGGGCAGACCCACCUAGCUGGCAUGGGUGAACUUCACCUCGAGAUAGCUCGCGAUAGACUCAUCAACGAUCUAAAAGCCAAAGCCAGAAUCGGCAAUAUCCAGAUUGGCUACCGCGAAGCCCUUUCUGCCCCUUCUUCAGAAGCGUCAGCAGUCUUCGAUCGAGAAGUAGCUGGCAAGGCCUCAAAGGCUGGGUGCACUGCAGCCGUCACACCUUACGAGGAGUCGGAGUUGAACGUAGCUGACGAUCACACGCACGUAUUCGCACUGCUGGAUGAGAACUAUCUAGUUCUGAAGACGCCGACUCUCUACCCUGACGGCUCCGCGACCGAGUCCGAGCUACCACCGUUACCCUCUACCCUGCCGAUGCAAAUGUUGCAAUCAGCCAUGCAGACUGGUGUCACGGCCGCUCUUGCGCGUGGUCCCUCACACGGUUACCCUCUCCACUCCACCAAGAUUACUAUAACUUUCGAUCCAUCCCAGCAUCUUUUCCAAACAACCACAGCCGCUGCCAUCUCCUCUGCAGCUCGAUUAGCAGUGCAGCAGGCUUUGCGCGAGGCAGCAGACGCUGGAUCUGGUACAGCACUGAUGGAGCCCGUCAUGGACGUCACCGUUACCGUCGAUGAACCAAGUCUCGGAAGUGUCGUACACGACAUCAGCUCCGCCAGAGGAGGACAAGUCAUGUCUCUUGGUGCCGACGAUGAAACUGGUGGUUCGGAUCUAAUCGAGAUUGAUCCGACACGAAUCUAUUCACCACCUGAUCCAUUCGGUGGCUCGGCUUCAAGCAUUGGCGUAGGAUCCAACAGUGUCGGAAAUCAGGCACGCCAGAUUGUGGCAAGGGUCCCGCUCAAGGAGAUGGUAGGAUAUUUGAAGCACCUACGCAGUCUCACGCAAGGACGAGGCACUUUUGUCAUGACGGUGGACCGAUUCGAGAGAAUGAAUCCACAGAGGAUGAAGCUCGCACUUACUGAGAUGAGCGGUGGCUUUUGA